AUGGAAGCUAGAUCAAGGGAAGAGACUUUAAGGAUGGAGGCUAGAACCAAGCAAUUGGUAGAGGCUGAGAGGGAACAUUUACUGAGUCAGCUUUCCCAACUCAUCCCCAAUUUUGAUCCAAGCAUGCUUAAACCGAAAACUAGCCCCUGUCAAAACCAAGGUCUAGAGCAAAGUCCCAAAAAUCCAAUGUCUGACAAAGCAAGCUGCUCUGGGGAUGUGAGAUCCCUACAUUUUGAGGAUGAUACUGCCAAAAAUGGGGAAAAGCAAGAAGAAAUGGGUAUUGAAGUAGCUGAUUAUUCAAAGGUGGAGGUGCCAUCUUCCUUACAAUCCCUUUGUCGUUAUGUGGAAACCACACUAAAGCCUCAGGAAAAGAUCAUGACCUUUACAAUUGGGGAGAAGGUGUUUGGUGCAGAUCGCAGUACCUUCGUCUUGCCUGAAGAUAUUACACAGUUAGUAGGCAUGGAAGAAAUUGGGGCUACUGUGCUUGCAGUAUAUAUGAGGUGCUUAUAUGAUCAUUUGAAAGUAGCAAAUAUGCUCAACAUGGUUGGCUUUAUCAACCUUGCUCAAGUUAAUGCCAACGUUGGGUCACUAACUGACAGAUCACGAAUUGUAGCCAGUCGACUUCAGAAGACAGAUGGCUCCUUAAGCAAAGCUGCUGGAAACCAGUCCCAAGCCAAAGACAUCCAAAGAACCGAUGAAUACCAUCCCGCAUGCUGUCAGAAGCAUCCCUUGGACCAGCAUACAUUUGCACCUCUUUUCCUUCAUCAGAUUCAGCCAAGGAAGAGGAAAGAAAAGAAGAAAAAACAGCAAACCAAGAGUGGAAGCUCUCAUUGCACAGCCGCGGGAAAGGAGGAUGUUGAGCCCCCAAAUCCCCUGAAUUCAUGA